UCUGUGACCAUGUGGUUGUUGUUCAGGUUAUUAUUAAAGUAAUUAAUUAUAAUAAUAAUAGCUAAAAUCAAUUAAUUUAUUGUUUGAGGAACGAAGAAAAACAAAUAAUGAAUUUCGCAAGGAAACAGUUGGAAAAAUAUGGCUGGACCGAUGGUAAAGGGCUGGGGAAGCACGAGAAUGGUAUAUCCGAAGCUCUAAAGCCCACAUUGAAGCGCAGCGUGGCUGGAAUAGGCCACGAUGCGGCGUCUGACUUCACUGAACAUUGGUGGACGAAGUUGUAUGAUAAGGCAGCUGGGAACGUCGAGGUUGAAGAAAAAAACGGGAAAACGAAAAAAAUAAAAACAAAAGAAGACGAAUUUGAGAUCACAAACAGCACAUGGAAACUAAAAAAGAAGAAAAAGCAAUCAGACACAGAAGAAGAACAGUACAAAGAUUACUUUGUAAGAAAAGCUGUGCUGUCUGGCGGAGGGAGUACCGUAAGGAAUGUGAAUGAUUCAGAGUCCGAAGACGAGACAGCAGUUACGAAAGAUGUGUUCAAGAUGACGGAUGAGGAGCUAUUUGCUGCUUGUGAAGGAAGAACUGCACAUAAGGGCGCAAGACAUGGGCUCAAAGCUACAGGGAAACUGGCAAGAGUAGCUCAGCAAGAACAGAUAUUACUGGCUCAACCUCAAUACACAGGAUACUCUCAUGCUAAAAAACUAAAGAAAAACAAUGAAGUACAAGAUAAUGAAGAAUCAAACCCAAAUCCCGAUGUAGAUAGUAGUAUUGAACCAAAAAAGAAGAAAAGAAAGAGAAAUAACAGUGACAAUGAAAAUGCACAAGCUGUAUGUUCCACUUCUCCUUUGCCAGAGGACGAUGAAAAAAGUCAGCAAAAGGAUGUUGCCAGUGAUAAAAAUGAGAAUGAGAUUAGUACAAGUGCGAAUUCAGUUGAAGAUAUUUUUGAAGUUAAGAGGAAAAAGAAAAAAUCGAAGAACUUAGCCAAUGAUACGAAUGAACAAGAAAUUGUUGAUGAUAGUGAAGAGACCCCAAUUCGUAAAAGGAAAAAGAAGAGAAAGAAUGCUUCAGAAUAAGUCAAUUAUUUGAAAAUCUAUUGAUUAGUUAAAAUAAUAGUGACAAAAUAUACAUUUGAUAUCCU